GUUAACAGAAUAUUUUUGCAGGACACCAAUGGGGAACUCCUAUGCAGGCCAGCUGCGGACCACGCGCUUUGAGGAAGUCCUCCAUAAUUCCAUUGAGGCAUCGCUGAGGUCCAACACCGUGGUGCCCCGACCUGUUUUCUCACAGCUUUACCUCGAGACAGAGCAGCCAUUGACACAUAAUGGCCGUACAGAGAAUGACGAUGACGACGAUGAAGAUGGCUCUGAGUCUAACAGUCCUCCACUACCCUAUCAGAUGAAGACCCCACCUGAUGGAUGUUGCAUAACAGAUGGCUUCUGUCAGGCAGGCCGGGACCUGCGUCUGUCCUCGCUGGCAUCAGAUCCCUUGGAUGUGUCCGCUGGGUUCAUGUUGGUGGGGGUGAAGUCCCCCUCCCUCCCGGAGACCCUGCUGGUGUGUGCAGUGGACCGCCGCUUCCUUCCAGACGAACGGGGUCACAACGCACUGCUAGGCUUCUUAGGAAACUGUAUGGGCUGCGGAGAGAAAGGCUUUCGCUAUUUCACUGAGUUCUCCAACCACAUUAACCUGAAGCUCAGCACCCAGCCCAAGAAACAGAAGCACUUGAAGCACCAUCUGUACAGGAACAACCAAGGCGUGCUGAUGAAAGGAGCUCCCAUCUGCUGGAGGGGACACGAUGGCAGGAUGAGACAGACGGUGUCCAUUCUCCCAGAAGGCCAUGUGGCAUCAGAUGAACCACCACCAAACACGGCACCUACACUCACUUUACACACACCUGGUGGCUACACAGCAGGAUCAAAUUCGGACCCGGUUAAUCUGCCACAAGUAGCAGAUGCCCCCCACCCGCUGGCAAAUGGCAUCCAUGUUGCUCCCUCCGUCGCCCAGACAUCUUUAAAUCAGUCGGGGCCUGGGAGACCCUCAGCUACAGGGUCCCAUGUAAACGCUGGUCCUCCAAAAAAGAGGCAUAAGGGCUGGUCGCCUGAGUCCUCUGCCAACAGUGUGACGGAGAGCGCUGUGAAGACCCCACCAUCUUCAUCAGCCUCAUCAGCCUCAUCAGCAUCAUCCAUGUCCUCUCUCCUCACACAUGGAGCCAGAUCAGAGACUGUAGCCCCGCUGAGUUCCUCGCAGGCUUCCUUGACCCCACUUUCUCCACCAGGGCUGGCAGUAACAAUCCCUGAUCAGCUGCUGCACACCUGCAGACUGCAACCUGUCAUCUUCAAAGGGCAUGGCUCUCUCCCUCAGCUGAAUGGAAACAUCAGUGAAGUGCUCGUGAGUUCUCUGCUCCAGAGCUGUUACCUGAGCUCUCAGACACUCCCCAGAGUCUACCAGCACUACGGACCAUCACCCAUUCAGCCAUUGUCCACAGAGAUGCAGAUUCUUCUCACAGUCUACUACCUUGUUCAGCUAGGUCCUGACCAGGUGCCCCUGAUAGAGGACUUGGAGCAGAUAUUCAUGAGGUCAUGGAGGGAGUCUCACCUCAGCGAGAUCAGACAGUACCAGCAGCCUCAAACACCGGCCAGCCAAGGGAGGCAUUACGGCAUAGAGACCUCUUCCAUCCUGCCUGGGCUCCCCCAGCAUCUGUCCCUACUUCCCCAGAGCCAACCACCUUUGACCCCCAGCCAGCUUCCUUGGCUGGCCCAGCUGGCUGCGUCGUCUUGUGGAGAGGGCGUGGUGGUUUUAGGGGAGAAGAUUGGUUCUUUGGCUCAAGGCCUUCAGCAAACAGUCAGCAGGUUGAUGGAAGGACGUCUUGAAAACACCAACUACGUGGUCAUUAUCGUCUCUGUACCGGGACAGGAAACUCAGUCCUGUGUGGUCGUCACAGGUAAACACCAGUGUCGUGCCUUGGCAGAGAGUAUGUACUCUCCCAAUGAGGGUCUUAAAGAAAUAAACCACCAGCUCUCCCUUGGUGCUGCCCAGGAACUCAUCCACUACUGCAAUUCUCUCGGACAGGACGGUGAUUUGGAUUCCCUGCUGGAUAGUGCCACCUUAGACAGCAACGAGCCCUCUCCCUUAUCCAGUUGUCUGGACUCAGCUGAAGAGAAGAGUCUUAAAACUACACGCAGUCCCAAAGACACACCCAGUCCAAAGAAUUCAAAAGACUCACCCAGCCCUAAAGGGAGAGCUUCAAGUCCCAAAGACACCUGCUCAGAAUACUCCGUAAAGUGGCGUGAGGUUCGUCCCAUUCAGCUGGCGGUGGCCAGAAAGCUGCUGUCCCAUGUCUGUGCCAUAGCAGACUCCAGUACACAGAACCUGGAUCUUGGCUCCUUCGACCGGGUCAGCUUCCUCAUCCUGGUCCCGCCCUCUGAGGUCACAUUUCAGCAAACUGUUUUCCACCUCUGGAGCUCUGGUGUCCUUCAGGAGCUGGGGGGUUUAGACCAGGAGUGUGUGUCUCAACGGGAUGCUGAGCGAUAUGUGGUCAAGAUGGACCAGAACGCUCAGGCACGGAUUGAAAACCUCAUCCAGGAAGCACAAAGCAACUCCUACACACUCUACAUCCUGGUCCAUGACCACGCCCACUGGGACAUUAACAGUACCUCAGAUAGUGGACUGGGUCUGGUGGAUCAGCUGUUAAACUCCUGUCAGGUCAGAGAUGCUCCAAACAUCCUGAUUCUCCACGUCACCUCCUUCCCCUUCGCUCUGCAGACACAGUAUACCCGCAUCAGUCCCUACAAUGAGAUCCACUGGCCCUCUGCAUUCAGUAAUGAUGUGGACCUGUACCAUGAGAAGACGCGCUACUUUGGUGUGUCGGAGCUUUUAGAGUCGACCCGCUCAGGGAGCAGUCUGCCACUGAUGCGUUAUGAUUCAUCCUUUGAAAGCAUGGCUUCUGCUCUGGAAGAAAGGUUUCCUAAAUUGCACAGCUCUGUGAUCCGGACCACAGUUUUGAUCCAACACUACUGCGUGGCUCUGAUGGCUGCAUCCGGCAAAAUCGGCAGCUCCCACAAUCUCCACAAACACACAUCAGUGGAGACCCUAGAGAUUGUACAAUCACUGCUCACUGCGGCCCAGCAAUGUCCCACCCACCAUGGGCACAUGGUCCUGCUGCGGAUCCCCUCUCAGUCUCUGGCAGCAUGGGCCCACCGGCGGCUCUCCAGAGUGAGGAGGCAGCUGGGUCUGGAGGACACUUUUGAAAUCAUACUGGGGAAUCCAAACCAGGCGCUGAGUAUUGGACAGAGAUUCACUGAUCAGAUCAAGACCUGGCUAAAGAUCCAGGAUGCUGACUGGGUUCCUCAGACCUACCUGGAGCUGGAGGCCCUUCCCUGCAUCCUGAUCCUGUCAGGAGCCGAGCCCCAGGGGGAAUCUAUGCCAAGGUCAUUGAAGUACUGUGAUCUCAGAGUGAUAAGCUGCUCAUACCUUCAGCGAACCACACUGGAACAAGAGCUAGGUCUGGCUGCUUAUCUAGUGAGAGCAGAGUCUCGACCCCCACAAAACCCCGGACCAGGAAGUGACCUGCUGGAGAGUGACGCAGAGAAACUCAGCAGUACUGACAAUGAGGAGGAGGAGGGACAAGACAAUGGGGACUCCCCUCUGUCCAGCAGCCAGCAGCUCCAGUCAUGUCCAGAGGGCGGAGCUUCAGAUCCCUUCCCUGCACAAAGCACCACCUCUCCAAAUGUCCAGAAAGGGACAACAGACACCAUUCAACCUCCCUCACAAUCACUGACUCAACUCCAACCUCAGCCCUCUCAGUCUUUUCCAUAUCCUCCAACUCCAUCGCACCAACCUCAAGUGCAGACUUUUUCCCAGGCACAAACAAAUUCCCAACCCUUCACUCAGCCCCAGUCCCACUCCCAAAUACCCAACCCUCAACCCCCUCCCUCUGCUCGGUCACGUCGCCAACACUCCAAAUCCACCUCCUCUGGCUCCUUGUCUCCGCAAGCCUCCUCUCCUCACCUGAGCUGCUCCUGGGCGCGAGGUGUGAGUCGCCCCCCCUCUGUGCUCCUCCCUCGGGCCCUCUACGAUAUUAUCACAGCCAGUGACAGCAGCGGGCUUCCCCGAUGUACAUCAUUCCUGCCGCACAUGUCUGUCGCAUGGGCAAGCAGCUUCAGGCCUUUGCUGAGUAAGAUGAUGACAUGUACAGAGCAGUCACUGUACUAUCGCCAGUGGAUGGUCCCUCGCUCCUACCACAUGGACAGCAGCAACCGCACUGAAGGACGAAGCGACAACUUUCAUCCUCGCAGGCUGCUGCUCAGUGGACCUCCACAGGUGGGUAAGACAGGAGCGUACCUGCACUUCCUGGGUAUUCUGUCCCGGAUGCUGAUCAGGUUGAUGGAGGUGGAUAUCUACGAUGAAGAAGACAUCAACUACAGCUGUCAGGCUGAGGGGGUGCUGUACCACCCAUCCAAUGUUUCCUGGCCCAACCCAGACAUUGUGAAGACGAUGCCCUUUGACUACACCAUCCAUGACCCCAAAUAUGAGGAAAUCAGCUCUGUCUACUGCCCUGGAUAUAAAUCAAGUGCUGAUGGAAACCCCUGUGCGCCAAGGAACUGUUUACCGUACGUAGGGCGGACAUCCAGGGAUCAAAGCUGUCAAAAUAAUGCGGCCUACGAACACAUAACCAUCACUGUGAAACAGGUGUCAUUCAGUACCUGGGCAUCAACCCCAGAAUACCAGAUAAUCCACCUCCAUCACCUGAUCAGCAUCAAGGGACCAGAAUACCAGGAAGUGGCAGGCUUGCCCAGGACAGACAUGGGGCGGUGUGUCAUCGGGGAAGCCCGCUGCUGUCACUGGCGUGUGAUAAUACGUAAGGCCCGAGGGAGGAGCACAGAGGGGGGCGCUCACACCUCGCCGCCCAGCGAGCAGACAUACAGAAAAGAGAGGCUGCGGAGACAAGGAGCCAGAGGAGUGGAUUUGGAGUGUUGGCGACCGUGA